GAAAAAAAAAAAAUACUACUCUGGUUCUGCAUCUGGAAUACAGAGACUCGUGCUUUGAGAAUCUAUAGUAGCAUCGCAUAGUAAAGCAACCCAGUAUUUUGUUUCUGCUCUCUUUCUAUUUUCAAGGAUUUUUUCUCUCACUCUCUCUCACCUGCAGACCCCACCAUGCUGGCCAUUCUGUUCGGAACGGUAGUCUUGCAUCUGACAGAUCUUAUUAUUCUCUUCAUUUCCACAUGUGCAAAUGCUUGGCGAACACAUGGAGAUACAAGUUAUGACCUCUGGUAUGACUGCACACAUACCAAUGGAGACUAUCGAUGCCAUGGGACUGGUGAUGAUGAUUGGCUGCAAGCAGUGCAGGCUCUCAUGGUCCUAGCCACCAUCUUCUGCCUCAUCUCCCUCAUCAUCUUCCUCUGCCAGCUCUUCACCCUUGUAAAGGGAGGUCGCUUCUUUUUCACGGCUGUCUUCCAGGUCCUCGCCAGUCUGUUUGUGAUGAGCGGGGCCAUCAUCUACACAGUGAUGAGUCCAGGGUGGAAAAAUGAUAGUAACACUUACGGAUACGCCUUCGUGCUUGCCUGGCUGGCCUUUCCUCUGACACUCAUCAGCGGCUUCAUUUACAUUAUCCUGAGGAAGAAAGAAUGAGCAUAUAUCCUUCAGGGAUUUUUCUGGAACUGAGAAUGCUACUCAGCCAAUAGACUCUAACCAUAUGGCCAUCUCCUUCAGGCCUGACUAUUUAGACCCAAUGUGAUAAAAGAAAGUGACAAUUCAUGAAGAUUCAAUACAGCGAAGAUGCUAAUGGGUGUCUUUGGCUGGUGAGCCUAUUUAUAACACUUUUACAUAGAUGUUUUUGUAAAUAGUAAUGACAUGUCAAUGAAGGCCCUGACUUUUUUAAGAUUUUACUGAAGGAGGAGAGACAUAGGAAACAUAUAAAUCUUUAGUUUUUUUGUAUUGUGUCAUAAGCCUUUUCAAAUAUCAUGUUUUUAAAAUGUCAUAAUAAAGUUUAUUCUCAAAGGGAACUUGUUGAUGCCGACUUGAAAUUUUUCUUAUAGCCAUAUAAUAAAACAUAGAGAGUUUUUUUGUGUUGUGUUCGAAUUCUUGGAAAUGGUGCCAUGUAUUUACCAUUGCUGAAUUUUAUAGCUAGAAAUACUUAUAGGCUCAAAAUUUGUGUAAAAACAUUUUACAGUGUGUAUUGUACCUGUGAUUAUAUCACUUUAUGGGAUGUCUUUCUUUCUGUAUUAUUUUUUGAAAAAUGAAUAAAAAAAAAUUGAUUGUG